CUCCCCUCCCCGGAGGAGGCAGGGCCAGGGCUAGAGCCGGGUCUGGGGGUGGCUGGCCAGGGCUGGAGGCGUGCAUCCGUCCUGCAGCAUGAGCAGCAGCAGCAGGAGCCACCGCGUCGUCCUCCAGGGCCCGGGGCCGUGGGGCUUCCGCCUGGUUGGGGGCAAGGACUUCGACCAGCCUCUCACCAUCUCCAGGGUAACCCCUGGUAGCAAAGCUGCAAUAGCCAAUUUAUGCAUUGGAGACAUUAUCAUGGCAAUUGAUGGGGAAAAUACAGAGGGCAUGACUCAUCUAGAAGCACAGAACAAAAUCAAGGCAUGCAUAGAUGAGAUAACUCUGACAGUGGGCAGAAGUGAAUCAAAAAUUUGGUCACCAAUGGUUACUGAGGAAGAGAAAACAAAUCCAUACAAGAUGAAUCUGGCUUCUGAACCCCAGGAAGUAAGGCAUAUAGGAAGUGCACACAACAGGAGUGCUAUGCCAUUCACUGCCACCACUGCUACCAGCACUUCACCUAAAGUCAUCAGUGCCCAGUACAAUAGCCCAGCAAGUCUGUACUCCUCAGAAAACAUACAGACCUUCAACAAUGCAGUGGAGUCCAAAUCUAUGGGUGACCUGGAGUCCCAUAAGAACCCUUUAUCACCCAGUGGUGGGUUCAAGGCUCCUUUUGCAUCUGUGUAUAACCCUCUUCAGUCCGCUUCUGCCUCUCCUUUGCAAAGAAGGCACAGUACCUCAUCCAUCCCACAUCAAAUCAGAGUUGGUGUGGAACAACUCAAGGAAGUUGCUCAGAUCUGUCCCAGUAGCCCUGUGGAAGUUGAGGUGCCUGGACUCAAAGUACGACACAUACAGUUUAAUUCUCCUUUACAGCUCUAUUCACAGAAAAACAUCCUGGAUUCUUUGCAGGGGCAGAUCUGUUGCAUUAGUCCCACUUUCCCCAGCUUGGACCAACUUAACCAGCCCGCUACUACGAUAAGGAUUGACAAAGACUCUGAGGUUUAUAAGAUGCUACAGGAGAACCAAGAUUCAAAUGAGCCACCCCGACAAUCCGCCUCAUUCUUGGUGCUACAGGACAUUUUAGAAUCUGAAGAAAAAGGAGACAAGCCUUCUGGAUUUAGAAGUGUAAAACCUCCAACAACCAAAGUAGCUUCAUCCAUUGGAAAUGCCCAGAAGUUGCCCAUUUGUGAUAAGUGUGGGUCUGGGAUUGUGGGUAUAUUUGUAAGGCUUCGGGAAAAGCAUCUCCAUCCUGAGUGCUAUGUGUGCAGCGACUGUGGAAUGAACCUUAAACAGAAAGGACACUUCUUUGUGGAGGAUUGCAUCUACUGUGAGAAGCAUGCACGGGAAAGGGUCACUCCACCCGAAGGAUAUGAAGUGGUCACUGUCUUUCCAAAAUGAAUUCAUGUGACAGCAUGGAUGUUUACCUGGAGCCAGCCUACUGCCUCCAAAUUGUCCUUGCACUCACAAAGGCUCAGCAAGCCUUUUGCAACUGACAUUUCUGUUGGCUACCACUAAAUAUCACUACUUCUCAGAUAUCAGCAAUUUUAAUAGUCAAGAUCUGGGGGAGUGUUGGGCUUUCUAUCUUUCUGAAAAUAAAUUUUGUCAGCCAAAAUCAUAUGCCUUUUUCUUGUUCUAAUAAAAGGGAUUGAUUCAAAUCA